GUAGAAGGCAGCAGGUUGCGCCCCGCGUGACGGAACCGCACCAGGAAAAGACGGUUGACGUUGUUACGCCUUGCUAGAUGAUUGGCGAGGUAAGAUGGCGGCGCCAGAGGAGCCAGAAUUAUCCCAGGCGCAGACCGAAAAACUCCUUCAAUUUCAGGAUUUAACGGGUUUGGAAUCAAUGGACCAAUGUCGUCGAACAUUAGAGCAGCAUAAUUGGAACAUAGAGGCUGCAGUGCAAGACAGACUCAAUGAGCAAGAAGGAGUUCCUAGUGUGUUCAAUCCUCCUCCAUCCAGACCACUUCAGGUUAAUACAGCAGACCAUAGAGUUUAUAGUUACAUCGUUUCACGGCCUCAACCCAGGGGAUUACUAGGAUGGAGUUACUACUUGAUAAUGCUACCCUUCAGAUUUACAUAUUACACACUCCUGGACAUAUUCAGGUUUGCCCUACGGUUCAUUAGGCCAGAUCCUCGUGGUCGCGUCACAGACCCUGUUGGAGAUGUCGUUUCUUUUAUUCAAAGUUUUGAAGAGAAGUAUGGCCGGUCACAUCCUGUGUUUUACCAGGGGACAUACAGCCAGGCACUGAAUGAUGCCAAACGGGAACUUCGCUACCUGUUGGUGUAUCUUCAUGGAGAUGACCAUCAAGACACAGACGAGUUCUGCCGUUCGACGUUAUGUACAGAAGAAGUCAUAACCUUCCUCAACACACAAAUGCUGUUUUGGGCAUGUUCAACCAGCAAGCCUGAAGGCUACAGAGUGUCCCAAGCUCUGCGGGAGAACACCUAUCCAUUCCUGGCCAUGAUCAUGCUCAAGGACCGCCGGAUGACUGUGGUGGGCCGACUGGAGGGUCUCAUCCAGCCAGAAGACUUCAUCAAUCAGCUCACCUUCAUCAUGGAUGCCAACCAGACAUAUCUGAUGUCAGAGCGCCUUGAACGUGAAGAGAGAAACCAGACCCAAGUUCUGAGGCAGCAGCAGGACGAAGCCUAUCUCGUCUCCCUGCGUGCCGACCAGGAAAAGGAGAGAAAGAAAAGGGAGGAGCUGGAGCAACGAAGGCAAGAGGAGGAGAAGGUCCGGCAGAGUGCUCUUGCUGAGGAGCGGAGACGAAGGAAUCUGGAAGAAGAGAAGGAGAGGAAGUCGGAAUGUCUUCCAUUGGAGCCUCCUGCAGAUGAUCCAGAAAGUGUCAAAAUAGUGUUCAAGCUGCCCAACGACACGCGGGUGGAAAGGCGAUUCCUGUUUGGCCAAUCUCUGACGGUAAUACACGACUUCCUUUUCUCUUUGAAAGAAACGCCAGAGAAGUUUCAGAUAGUCACAAACUUCCCUCGCCGAGUCUUGCCCUGCCUUCCCACUGAGGAACAACCCAACCCCCCCACACUAAAAGAGGCUGGGCUCAGCCGCUCGGAGGUCCUUUUUGUUCAAGACCUCACGGACGAUUGAUAGAUGGUACCACCUCCCCUCUGUGGAAACAGAUUUUUCCUCUGACAGCCACUCAUCUUCCUCCCCUCCUCUUUUUCAUAUUGUGUUAAAUGGCCAUUAUGCAUAAGGGAUCAUUGAGCUUGACCUGGAGAGUUAAACCACCCCUGCAUUCAGUGCUUGUUUGGUUGACAGGGUUCCCAAUAGCCUGAUAAGUCUUGAAUUUUAUCAAAUAAAUAUCUCUUGGAAGUCCUCA